UUUACAUGGUUCUCCAAGCCGUACCGGACGGCACUAUUGAUGACACAAUCAGUAAAUUAAUCACUGUGAUGCGGUAACAAAUCAACAAUUUAAUCACGGACAAAGUUUGAAAAACAAACGUUGGUGACAACAAAUUUGAUAAAAGUGCAGACAGAAAUCCUUAAUGUUAAUAUUAUUGUGGAGUGGAGUGACGGAAAACAAAACCAAAAAAAUAUUACACCUUUAAAAGUGAGGUGGCAAAAUUGUGGUGCGCAAAUUGAAACACAUGAUAUAUUCAAUAUAGGCAGUGAAACAAAAUUCAUACAAAAAGCAACCAGGAAAUCACAACAAAAAUAACAGCAGCAAAAGGACUGGGAGAAAGAAGCACAGGCACACGCACAUUCAGAUAAAUAUGUACAAACCACAUAAACUCAUAUUAUCCCCAAAAGCUCCUGGCGGAAAUCAAAGUAUAAAAUGGAACCUUGGAAUAUAAUAAAUUUGUUUCCUGCUCAAAUUGAAUGAAACAGUAAUAUACAAGGAAGCCACAUUUACAUACCGUGUAUAUUUCUCUGAAAUGGGGGGAGCUAUGGGGAAAAACGGGGUCAACUUUUUGGAUGCUCUACCUUCACAGGGUACAUUACACAUUGUUAUGCUUGGUCUUGAUUCAGCUGGGAAAACGACGGCUCUGUAUAGAUUGAAAUUCGAUCAAUAUUUAAAUACAGUACCUACAAUUGGAUUCAAUUGCGAAAAGGUGCAAGGUAUACUUGGUAGAGCAAAAGGAAUACAAUUUCUUGUGUGGGACGUUGGUGGACAGGAGAAGCUUCGACCUCUUUGGCGAAGUUAUACACGUUCAAAAUACUGUCAUCUUUUCGAUCAUUUGACUUCCAUCUUUGCAGCAAUUCUUCAUGGGCGAAUUCAUAUUUUCCUUAAAAAACCCAAUUUUCAAAAAAGCGAGCAAAAAUGAGCAAAUAAUUUGUAUAACACAUUUAAGAAGACAUAAUCACAAUACGUUUGGAACAGGUUUUGAGCAGAAGGCAGCGGGAGCCAAGAAGUUCUACUUCACGGAACACAAAUAUUUGUUAAUUUAUAUGGAAGUAUGAAUAUGGAAGAAUGAAUACACAAUAGGCAAAUAUACACACAUUUUCUUUUUACAAUAUGCAUUUACAUAGUACCUUGUCGAUUGAUUUCCAUGAUUUAAAAAUAAAGUUUUUGGUUCACUUAAAAUUUCACAGCCGAUUUACUUGAAAGCUUUAAAUUGCAUGUAUCAAAACAUUAACAAGCAGUCACAAUCAGCUGAUUUUGAAAGCGCGC